AUGCCUCCACAGGGGCCCUGCAUGGGGACCCAUGGUUUGGCUUUACUGUCAUCUCUGCUGGACUUUGGGCCGGCCACAGAUCUGAUGGAGGAAGGGGUCCCUGAAGCUAUCCGAAAAUGCCAGCGUGCUGGCAUCACAGUCCGCAUGGUGACUGGAGACAACAUCAACAUGGCCUGGGCCAUCGCAGCCAAAUGUGGCAUCAUCCAGACCUGGGAGGACUUCCUGUGCCUGGAAGGGAAGGAGUUCAACUGACGGAUCUGCAACGAGAAAGGUGAGAUAGAACAGGAGCGGCUGGACAAGGUGUGGCCCAAGCUGAGGGUGCUGGCCUGGUCAUCUCCCACCGACAAGCACACGCUGGUUAAAGGGAUUAUCGACAGCACCACUGGUGAGCAGCGGCAGGUGGUGGCUGUGACAGGGGAUGGCACCAACGAUGGGCUGGCCCUCAAGAAGGCGGACGUAGGCUUCGCCAUGGGCAUCGCAGAGACCGACGUGGCCAAGGAGGCCUCUGACAUCAUCCUGACCGAUGACAACUUCACCAGCAUUGUCAAGGCCGUCAUGUGGGGCCGUAACGUCUAUGACAGCAUCUCCAAGUUCCUGCAGUUUCAACUGACGGUCAAUGUGGUGGCCGUGAUCGUGGCCUUCACAGGUGCCUGCAUUACUCAGGACUCUCCUCUCAAAGCCGUGCAGAUGUUAUGGGUGAACUUGAUCAUGGACACGUUUGCCUCUCUGGCCCUGGCGACGGAGCCACCCACGGAGUCGCUGCUGCUGCGGAAGCUGUACGGCCAUGACAAGCCCCUCAUCUCCCGCACCAUGAUGAAGAACAUUCUGGGCCAUGCCGUGUACCAGCUCGCCAUCAUCUUCACCCUACUGUUUGUCGGGGAGCUCUUCUUUGACAUCGACAGCGGGAGGAAUGCGCCCUUGCACUCGCCACCCUCAGAGCACUACACCAUCAUCUUCAACACCUUCGUCAUGAUGCAGCUCUUCAACGAGAUCAAUGCCUGCAAGAUCUAUGGCGAGAGGAACAUGUUCAACGGCAUCUUCAGCAACCACUUCUGCACCAUCGUUUUGGGCACUUUCGGGAUUCAGAUUGUCAUUGUCCAGUUCGGCGGGAAGCCCUUCAGCUGCUCCCCACUAUCCACGGAACAGUGGCUCUGGUGCCUGUUUGUUGGUGUUGGGGAGCUGGUCUGGGGACAGGUCAUUGCCACCAUCCUCACCAGUCAGCUCAAGUGCCUGAAGGAAGCUGGGCAUGGGCCUGGGAAGGACGAGAUGACCAACGAGGAGCUGGCCGGAGGCGAGGAAGAGAUCGACCACGCCGAGCAGGAGCUCCGCAGGGGCCAGAUCCUCUGGUUCUGGGGCCUGAACCGGAUUCAGCCACAGAUCCGGGUGGUGAAAGCGUUCUGUAGCUCACUUUUUGAAGGCCUGGAGAAACCAGAAUCCAAGACCUCCAUUCACAACUUCAUGGCCAUGCCUGAGUUUCUGAUCAAUGACUACACCCACAACAUCCCACUAAUAGACGACACGGACGUGGACGAGAACGAGGAGCACCUCCGGGCCCCCCAGCCCCCAUCCCCCAACCAGAACAACAACGCCAUAGACAGCGGCAUCUACCUGACUACGCAUGUCACCAAGUCAGCCACCUCUUCAGUGUUUUCCUCCAGUUCCGGGAGCCCGCUCCACAGCGUGGAGACAUCCCUCUAACAAGAACUUGUCUCAGCACAUGUGCACAUGCACACUCGGACUCACACGAAGUCACAUGCACACAUGCACGCACACACACAUACAGGGACCUGCACACCUGCAAAACGGGGGAACAACUAAGGUGGCUGAAGACCUUUCUGGCAGGGCAUUUGCAAGAAGCCAAAUCCAUUCAACAAGGGUGCAGCCUGCCACAGGCUCCUCAUCCGGACUGAGGAAGAUGAGGACGGGGAGGAGGAAAAGGAGGAAGAGGAGGACAAAAAGGGGGAGGAGAAGGUUCUUCAUCCGAAGGAGGAAGGAGAAGAAGUAGAAAGUGUGAAGAGCUGAGUUCCCCACCUUUUUUUCUAUUGAUGCUUCUUUUUUAAGGAACUACAGUUUCACCGCGUGUUUGCUUUUGGGCUGUGCAGUGGGCAGGGGGCUGCUUUGGGUUUAUUGGGAGCUUUUGUUGCACCCAUGAAGGAGCAAUCAGGUCAGCAUAUUCAUGCAAAAAAAAAAAAAA